AUGCUCGCUACCACGGAGCUGGCCAGCUACAACACCACAUACACGGAGGCCAUGAAGAUCCUGAAGCACGAGGCCGCAUGGGCGAUGGUUGAUGGCCAUAAGCGCUGUACAUUGUACGAAAUUUUCAUGGAGCAGCUUUGGUAUCACUGCACGCCCCACAGGGAGAGCGACUCUGACGCGAAGGGAGAAGAAGCCUUCCUGAAGCUGAUCCUGGAGCCGCUGCCGCUGCUCGCCCGGCCCGCGUUCUGCAUGCUGCUGCUCGCGACGUCGAUCCCGAAGGCGCUAGGCAUGAAUGGGCUGUUCCUGGUGCUACGUACCGUCGCUGCUCGGCCGACGCCGACCUUCCCAAACAAGGUUUUCAUGAUGCUGAUACAUUUCUGCAUGCUGCUGCUGGCGACGGGCACGAUUGGGCGGUUCCUGGCGCUCUGUACCUUCGGCGCUCGGAUCUCCUCCAACUUUGAUGUUGCUGCUCGUCUUUCGAUGGCCUGGCAGACCAAUCGGUAUGCCCCGCUUCGGAGCUUCAACAUGAUGAACGUGCCGUUCCGCCGCUCGGAGUGGCGGCUGUUGCGCAUGACGCUGAG